GCGACGGGUUCCCGGGCCCCGACGGCAGGGAGCCGGUCCCGCCGCGCCCGCCCGGCGCCAUGGAUUCGUUCCUGGUGCUGCUGCACUCGCUGUCGGCCAAGCUGGCGAGCGAAGAGCUGACCCAGCUCAAGUUCCUCUGCCAGGACCGCGUGGGCAAGCGGAAGCUGGAGCGCAUGCAGAGCGGCCUGGACCUCUUCUCGGUGCUGCUGGAGCAGAACGCGCUGGACCGCGAGCACACCGAGCUGCUGCGGCACCUGCUCUCGUCCGUGCGGCGCGAGGACCUGCUGCAGCUCCUGGACGCUUUCGAGGCGGGCGCGGCCGAAGAGACAGCCGCCGAGCUGAGAGAGCUGCACGCGGCCUUCGACAUCGUCUGCACGCACGUGGGCAGGGACUGGCGGCAGCUGGCGCGGCGGCUGCAGUUGUCCGACGCCCGCAUCGACGCCAUCGAGGAGCGCUUUCCCCGGAAGCUUCCCGAGCAGGUGAGGGAGAUGCUGCGGGUCUGGAAGAACGCCCGGAGGGAGGCCGCGACCGUGGCCCAGCUGGUGGCGGCACUGCGGGCCUGCCAGAUGAACCUGGUGGCCGACUUCGUGGAGGCCGGCGCCAAGCAGGCCGAGGGCACCUAGAGCAGGACCCGGGGGAGACGCCCUGGCCCCGACCCCGCUCUGCCCGUGGGCCUCUGUCACCCGGGCCGCGUCCUGCCGGCCAGCUCCGUCAGCAGGAGAGCUCCGCAGGGACUGCUGGUCGGCGGUGUGGAGCUGGCCCAGGGCCCCGGUGUCCCCGUAGGUCCCGUCAGACCUGGUGAUCGCCCGGGACCCGGCCCCGUUGUGGCUCCUGCAGGCAGACGCGAUGGGGCCGUGUCCAGCCAGGAAGGAGCCUAAAGCGCGUAUUGGCCACCCACUGAGAGCGUGUGGGAGUAGAGGCAGCCCGAGACGGAGGAGAGUCGGGGUGUGGGCUCUGCACGCUCUGCUUGGCAGAUGUCACCCCACGCUUGGCCGAAGACCUGGACACCGCCCCUGCAGGCCCCUGGCGCCCGCCCCUGGCCCUGUGUGAGUCCGGGCGCAGAGGCCCCCAGAGUCAGACAGUGAGGACCCGGUCGGCCGGUUCAGGGGCCGCCACACUGCCCCACCUGUAGGAACCUUCUGGAAAUACCGCACUUCCACGGCGUGGCGCCGUCUCACGCUGAAUCGCUAGCCUCGUGCUGAGUUGGCUGUUGGCGGGAGUUGCCCCGUCCUCCCCGGCCACCCCUGCCCGCUCCAUUAAAGCAGGUGCCUUCU